ACAGGAAAGAAACGGUCGUCAAGAUCGAAAGAAAUCCAAACGCCGUUGAAAUCAAGGAGACGAUCACCACAGACGCCAGAAGAGAUGCAAAGCCAACGGGUGAUGGCCAAUGUACGGGAACGGCAGCGGACACAGAGUCUAAACGAAGCGUUUGCKUCUCUCCGGAAAAUCAUACCAACACUUCCUUCUGACAAACUAUCGAAGAUCCAAACUUUAAAGUUGGCCACGCGGUACAUUGAUUUCCUGUACCAGGUGCUGCACAAAGCCAAUACGGAUGAAGUACCCAUGGUAGGACACAUGGACUCAGAUUCUCAGCACUCCAUCGAACAAGGAUCUUCCGGAACUGGAUCUUGCACUUACGUAGCUCAUGAACAACUCAGUUACGCGUUUAGUGUGUGGAGAAUGGAAGGCGAAUGGAACAACGUCAAUCAGGAAUAAUAAUUUUAUCAUCUUGGUGAACACAGGGGAGGCGGUGUUUGUACAUCGAAAAAUAUUGAUAUGCAACUAAUAGUAUUUCCUUUUACAGUUAUGCAUAUAUAUAUGUACCUAUUUAGUAUAUAUUAUAUAUAUUUAAUCUAAA